UUUACCAUUAUAACAUUAACAACUAUGACAAACACUGCAUGGGAUUCAAGCUUUAUUAAUCGUACUACAGCAGUCCCUGACACGGGAAACACUUCAUUAAGGGCCGUUGAAAAUAAAAAUACAAGAAACAUAUCCAUUGAAUUUUCGACGGCUUUUUCGCGAUGGUUUUGUUAUGAGAACAAACAGCCUAUUGAAGGCUAUAAAGCCAAGUGUUGCAAAGAUGAAUAUGAUAGAUAUGAAGAGCGAUGGUUUAACGGUGGAUAUUACAUAACUACAUUACUAGAGAGAUUGGAAAGAUGGCAGUGUGAGGAAUUUAAAAUGGAAUGCACGAAUCGAACUUACAAUUUCACAACUUUUACUGAUUUAGUUUACGAUAAAUUUUGUGAUCGAAGAAGUAUGGAGUUUAAGUGUAAAUCAGUUGUAACUUCAGCUGUUGAAGAUUAUGAAUUCUUAGAUUCGUCUGACAUUGAAAAACUCGAAUGGAUGACUUUGGCGAAUUCACUCGUAUCGUCUAAAAUGAAGAUACACGAUGUCAUAAAACCUUGCAUUCAAAUUGCCAUCUUUGACAGUAAUUCUGGCGGAGUGGGAAGAAUCCAUGAAAUCGUGGAACCGUAUUUACCGUUCUGUGGCUUAUUAUGGGAUGGAUAUGACAUAGACACUGCAGAAAAUGUAACCGUAUCGGCUUGGACAAACCUUAAUGUGGGAUGUGCAAUCGGAGUUGGAAUAUGCAUGGCCGUGAUGAUAAUUGCAGGCAUCGCAACAAUAAUAGCUAACGUGACAAUCUUAGCCGUUUUUGCCACAAAUAAAAAACUAAGGAACACACAAUCUAUCUAUCAAAUAUCUUUGGCCAUAGCUGACUUGAUUGUCGGGCUCAUGGUCUGGCCUAACAUGAUCGUGAUGCAAUUUCUCGUUUUUAUCAACCCACGAUUGAUGGGUGACGUCAUCACUUUGGAAUCAUUGACGGAUGACGGCAAAACUGCGUAUUUCCCGAACUCAAAUGGUAGUUGGGUGCAAAGAUUCCCGGGUGGGACAUUCGGAGAAGCCAUUUAUCGUCCAUAUAUGAAUUAUUUAGGAUUUUUCACAAAUAUGAGCAUUACGGUAUCGAUAUAUACUCUAAUGGCCGCCAGUAUUCAUCGUUUACGUGCAGUUUCAUCGCCGUUAAAUUACCAUAACGACAAUGUUAAAAAGCAUGCAUACGUGGCGUGUAUCAUCAUCUGGGUAAUAUCAGUCAUCACGAGCAUUCUGCCAGUACUUGUGCGAUCAAUACAAUACACUGCUAUAUCAUCAAUUAUGAUCGCGCCUGAAAAUGGAAACGCACUGUUGCUCGUCACAUUCGUGUUACCGCUCAUCACAACAUGGAUUGUCUCUGCAGCUACGUUAGAAGUAUCAAGACGCUACGCUCAAAAACGAAGCAGUCUCUCCUCUCACCAAAAUGCUGCAAAUUUAGAAAAACGAAUGGCUCGAACUCUUGGACUCAUGGUCGGUGUUUUCAGCAUCAGCGUUUUGCCAGCUACAAUGUGUAUUGCCGUUGGCCUUGUUCCAGAAACUGUGUUUUACUGGACGGACCCACAAAGGCUCAAUGUUACAAAUGCGAACAUUUAUAUGUCGUUUUCUUACAUAUCCAUCAUAAUUCUAACUGCUAAUAGCUUAUGGAACUGCUUCAUAUACAGUUUGAGGAAUUUGGAAUUUCGUAAAGCUGCAGUGGGAAUUUAUACAAAAAUGUUCCAUGCCAUCGGAAUAGCCCAAAGACUAAAUGAAGCUAGAAUUAUCGGCCCGGCAUCAAAAUCUGAUUCAACAGUUAACAAUAAUACUGUUCGGAAAGUCUGAAUGAUAUCUGUGACAUUAGUUCGCAAACGGCGGGGCGCGACCCACAAAGGGGCGUAGACAAUUAUUCGAGAGGCCGAGAAGCUAAUUGUAAAUAAAAAUAUUUGUUAAAUUUGAUCUUGCACGCCUAAUUCUGGAUAUUUACAUUUCUUUUAUUUGAAUAUUCACGUUCCACUCACGUAUUUUUCGAACGAGAUUUUAAAAAAAAACAUACUUUCGUCUUACUAUUUGUAGCCUAUUGUUAGCUGGUUAUUUUUGAGGUGGGGAGCGAGACUCGACAACUUCUAAAAAUGGGGCUCGGCUUGAAAAGUUUGAGAACCACUGAAAUCGAUGCCAUAUAUAUCGUCAGAUGCUUAUUGACUAUUCGUUCAUUGCCUGUUUCUUUCUCAGUAUGCUUACUAUAUUCAUUUGUUUGAUC